CCAGGCGAGUUUACCCCACGGAUAUGAAGCUCGCUCCCUCUCCUCGUGCGCUUUCGAAAAUAGGUUGCACAGGACACACCGACCACACGUGCUUGGCCUCGUGUCGUCCCCCCUCCAUGUUGUGCCGGCGAUUCCUGCGCCCAGCAGUGCCGGUAUGGUGCGUAUGAGAAAGAGGUUGAGUGCCGUCAUCAAGAGGCCGCUCUCGCUCGUCUCGUCACGGCGGUCGGCAACCACGACGAUGGGCUCGAGCUCGAGCUGCGGCAGCGAUGUUGGCGGCGGUGGUGUUACGCCCCGGCAGCAGCAUCCAGGACAGGCUCCCGCGGACGAUGAUG